UUUUCAGAUGCUUCAAAUGUUAUGAACAGAGACUUGUUUGGAUUAUGUGUUUCUCAGCUAGACUAAAUAAAUGCUAACAAUGGAUAAGUGCAAACACAUUGGGCAGUUGCGGCUUGCUCAAGACCAUUCCAUCCUCAACCCUCAGAAAUGGCAUUGUGUGGACUGCAAUACAACUGAGUCUAUUUGGGCUUGCUUUAGCUGUUCCCAUGUGGCCUGUGGAAGAUAUAUUGAAGAACAUGCACUCAGGCACUUUCAAGAAAGCAGUCAUCCUGUUGCAUUGGAGGUGAACGAGAUGUAUGUUUUUUGUUACCUUUGUGAUGAUUAUGUUCUUAAUGAUAAUGCAAUUGGAGACCUGAAGUUACUACGAAGUACAUUAAGUGCAAUCAAAAGUCAAAAUGAUCACUGCACCACUCGUAGUGGAAGGGUUUUACGGUCUAUGGGUACAAGUGAUGAUUCUUAUUUCUUACAUGAUGGCACCCAAUCUCUGUUUCAAAAUGAAGAUCAAAUGUAUACUGCUCUUUGGCACAGGAGAAGGAUACUAAUGGGUAAAAUCUUUCGAAUUUGGUUUGAACAGUCACCCACUGGAAGAAAAAGGCAAGAACAAUUUCAGGAAAAAAUAGCAAAAAGAGAAGUGAAGAAAAGACGGCAAGAAUUAGAGUAUCAAGUUAAAGCAGAAUUGGAAAGUAUGCCUCCAAGAAAGAGUUUACGUUUGCAAGGUCUAGCUGAGUCCACCACAGUAGAAAUAGUUCCUGUUCAAGUACCACUGCAAGCCUCAGCAUCACCAGCAAAAGAUAAAGUAGUAUCUACCUCAGAAGAUGUAAGACUAAAAGAAGCCAGUGACUCCUCUGUUAAACGAAGGCCAAUAGUAACUCCUGGUGUAACAGGAUUGAGAAAUUUGGGAAAUACUUGCUAUAUGAAUUCUGUUCUUCAAGUGUUAAGUCAUUUACUUAUUUUUCGACAAUGUUUUUUAAAACUUGAUCUGAACCAAUGGCUAGCUGUGACAGCUAGUGAUAAAACAAGAUCAUCUUAUAAGCAUCCUCCAAUCACAGAUACAGUAUAUCAAAUGAAUGAAUGCCAAGAAAAAGAAACAUGCUCUGUUCGCUCCAGACAUCCAAGUUUAUCAUCAGGACUAAGCGGUGGAGCAUCAAAGAGUAGAAAGAUGGAACUUAUUCAGCCAAGGGAGCCAAGUUCACAAUACAUUUCUCUCUGUCAUGAAUUGCACACUUUGUUCCAAGUCAUGUGGUCUGGAAAGUGGGCCUUGGUCUCACCAUUUGCUAUGCUACACUCAGUAUGGAGACUAAUUCCUGCUUUUCGUGGUUAUGCCCAACAAGAUGCUCAGGAAUUUCUUUGUGAGCUUUUGGAUAAAAUACAACAUGAACUAGAGACAACUGGUACGAGGUUACCAGCUCUUAUCCCCACUUCUCAAAGGAAACUUAUCAAGCAGGUUCUGAAUGUUGUAAAUAACAUCUUUCAUGGACAACUUCUUAGUCAGGUUACAUGUCUUGCAUGUGACAACAAAUCAAACACCAUAGAACCUUUCUGGGACUUGUCACUGGAAUUUCCAGAAAGAUACCAAUGCAGUGGAAAAGACAUUGCUUCCCAGCCAUGUCUGGUUACUGAAAUGUUGGCCAAAUUCACAGAAACCGAAGCUUUAGAAGGAAAAAUCUACGUAUGUGACCAGUGUAAUUCAAAGCGUAGAAGGUUUUCCUCAAAACCAGUUGUACUCACAGAAGCCCAGAAACAGCUUAUGAUUUGCCACCUACCUCAGGUUCUCAGACUACAUCUCAAACGAUUCAGGUGGUCAGGACGUAACAACCGAGAGAAGAUUGGUGUUCAUGUUGGCUUUGAAGAAAUCUUAAACAUGGAGCCCUAUUGCUGCAGGGAAUCCCUGAAAUCCCUCAGACCAGAAUGUUUUAUCUAUGAUUUAUCUGCUGUAGUAAUGCACCACGGGAAAGGAUUUGGCUCAGGACACUACACUGCCUACUGUUAUAAUUCCGAAGGAGGGUUCUGGGUACACUGCAAUGAUUCCAAGCUAAGCAUGUGCACUAUGGAUGAAGUAUGCAACGCCCAAGCUUAUAUCUUGUUUUAUACCCAGCGAGUUACUGAGAAUGGACAUUCUAAACUCUUGCCUCCAGAACUCCUGUCUGGUAGCCAACAUCCCAAUGAAGCUGAUGCCUCUUCUAAUGAAAUCCUUAGCUGAUCCAAAGACAGUGGGGCUUUCUUCUUGUGAUUUGUAUAUAUACUUUUUAAAAGGGCUGACUUAAUUUUGAGCUUGUUUUUAUUUUUACUUACUAAUCAGUGCACACUAUGUUUACACAUUUUGUAUCUAACUACAACAAAUCUUUUUUACAGACGAAGUUAGCAUAAGUAUAUGUGUAAUGUCAGCAGGUAACUAAACUUUUUUCAAGUACUUGGGAGUUUUAAACUUUUAGUGUUUACCUCAGACUGGUGUUACCUCUUUUAUAUUUUGAUGUCUUAAUUGGCUCAGAUCAUGAAUUUGUGCAAUCUUCUACUGAAGAAGUUCAGGUGGCAUCAUUUUAUACAUUUAUUUAUCUUUUAUAGCUAUUUUCUAUACAAAUUCUUAUCAGAUGGAAUAUUAGACUUUCUUCACUAAUAGUCUUACCAAAAACAAAAAAAGGCAUUUCUUUCAGAUUUGUAUACUGAAGUCACCUUUGCCCCCUAAAAGGGAGUUAAACUACUACAAAGUGAAAUAUCAAGGUAUCACUUAAAUACUCAUUGAUCACACUCAUUAAUAUACCUGAGGCUUUGUGUGUUACAGGGCUCAAAACAGACAUUAUUUUGGUUAUUGGAACUUCCUCUUUUCAAAAAUUUAUUGUUUUAAUAAUUGUUUAUUUGGCAUAGUCAAACUGUAUACAAAUGAAGAUGACAGCUUUAUAAAUAGCAUGUUUAAAUGACUUCAGUACUAUGGACAUGAAAACAAUGAUGGCCGAGACUUAUAAUGAUUUGUCUGGCAGCAAAUAGGUUUGUCCAGAUUCUAAUAAAGCAGUCAUAAAAAAACUGAAUGUAGCAAACAGUAUAUUAUGAUGUAAUACAAGUACAGUUCAACCUGGAUAUGAGUGAGUUCAUUUUAUAUAUUUAACAUUAGAUCUCUUAAAGCUUUGUACUAUAUUGUAUCUUGAAAUUUUUAGUUUAAAGGGAUAAAAAUAAGUCUUGAGAAAAAAUUGCAUAGGACACAGAAGAUAUUGGCAUCUGGGCAAAAUAUUCAGUAUCUCAUUUUUCUAAAUAACUAAAGCCUGGAUUAAGUUACUCUUGCUAGGAUUAUGUGAAUACUAAGAGCCUCUUAGAUAUUCAAACACUGGGCCCUUUUUUAAAAUUAAAAAUUACACGUGCAUUUUAUUAAAAAUAUAGUAUGUAAUACUCUUUGCUCUUCCCUUAUUAGAUCUCUUUAAAGUCCUACAGCUGCUAAUUUAAUUUUAUUCAGAAAGAUGAGAAUCCACUAACCUCUAUAGAAGAGCUAUGUAAGAUCUUAGCUAAGUGUUAACCACUGGAAGAUCAUUUAUCUUUUUUCUCAAGUGGGUUUUGCUUGCAGGUUGAAAUCAUUUGAGGCAGCUGAUCAUGAAGUGCAAUGAGAAUUUAUCACUGAACAGACAAAUCAUUCAUGCCAAAACUACAGCUCGAGUAUUAAAUGGCUAAGGUUUUAAAUCAUUCAUCUAUUAAAUACCUAUGCAAGUGUUACCUCAACUGUUAACAUUAUUAUACCUCAUUAAAGAUUUACUGUGGUCAAGACACCCGAGUCUAGCGUUUCUUAAUGUCAAGGAUUACUUUAUACUUAAACUGCUACGCCUUUUAGUACCUAAUUUUAGUGGAACAGUUAAAAACAAUUCUGGAAGCUAUGUUGUUUACAAUGGUAUAGUUGCUUGUUUCAGUACUUACUUCAAUGUAAAUAUAUAUGAGAAAGUAGUAAGUGACUUAGCCCUUUACUUUUUAAAUCCUUAAAACUAAAACCUACAGGGGAGGCUCUGUGUCUGAAGUCAAGGAAGGGGGGUACAUGGGAACUCUGUACUUUAUGCUCAGUUUUGCUACGAACCUAAAACUGAUCUAAAAAAAUGACGGCUAUUAAAAUAACAAAACUAAAACCUAGUCAAUGAACAGAAACUUAGAUUUCUUACAGUACAUCUCAUUGUGGACUUAUACAUUCUGCUAAGUUGAUCUAACAAAAAACAACGUGUUUUGGUUGUAAAAUAAUUUACUAAAGGCACUAUUGUUAAACAUCAAGCUAAUAAUUUGUUACCAAUAAGGUACAUCAUUGUAAACAUGACAAAAUGAUUUCAAGAGAUACAUGGCUAGUAGGUGAACAAUACAAUUUUUAAGUAACAGCUUUCCUAUUUACAAGAUCAUAUCCCUUGCCAUUCCCGGGCAUGCAGUGAUGCCACUGCUCCCAACUUGGGAAGGGAGCUUCAAGCUUAUAAUUGGCUUGAGAUCACUACUGCUAAAGAGGUUUUACAAAGCUACAAAUUCUUGACUCAAUUCUAAAGUUCUUGGGUUUAGAAAUCAAGAUACUUUAUACCUCCCACCAAAGCACAUCAGAAAGGUAUGGACUCAAAACCCCAAAAGAGCUAACUGGAGGGCCCAAGCCCUGUAACAUGUCCAGGCGUGAGUUGGUGAGCUCUGCCACUUGCACACCAUCACAGGAAAUGGAGAGAUUAUUCAAAGGUAGCUAUUGAACAUUAGCACCAUAAUAAACAUGGCUCAUAUAGCUAAAAACUAUACUGUUUAUCCCACAAGAUAACAUUUAUAGCUCUAAUCUGAAAGAGCAACUUUUUAAUGUAUAAUAAAUGAUUUAGUACAGAAGAAGUCAGGUUUCUUAGGAGAAAAAUGUUAAACAAAAUACAAACUAAACAGCAUCCCAGAGGCAAUCUUAUUGUGCUAAAGCAUAUACAAAUUAAGGCUUUACCCUGGUACAUAACAAUUUUGAAAUUACGUGGGGACAUUCCCAACGAAUCAUUUACACGGAAUUCAAGCAAUCUGCUCAAGAACUGUGGGGCUCAGUUCAAACAAGUAUUAGGCAUCUUACAUUUAACUUCUGCACUUAGCUGCUAUGAGCGUCACUGUAACCUCACUUCCUGAAAUACCACCCAUGAUGUUACGAAUUCAAGCCAGUACAGGGGCAGGGUGUUAGAGAAUUUGGUUCACUAAUGAAAAAGCCUAAAAAUUAAAUAGAACAAGAGCCAAACAUGGGAAGUACUCCUGUUUUCCUUUAUUUGUGUGGUUUUAAGUACCCUUUUCGCUUACUAAGCUGAAUACAUUUCUCAAUAAAUAACUACCACUGGACAAAGGAUCUAAAGGUUGAGAUUUUAGUAAAUCAAGGUUUUAAGUUGGUACAAUGUUCCUACUAAGUUAUGUUUUAAUUAGAUCUUUCCAAUGUCAGGAGAAAAAUGAAAGACGAGGACUAAUAUGGUCCUAAAAAGAAAAUAAAGGUAAAAUAUUUCUAAAGCUGUAUAUUAAUUUAUGAAGAUUCUCCUCCCACUUUAUGCAUGUAUAGAUCUUGUUUUAGCCACUAUGUCAGAAGAAAAGUU